AUGAAACAUUUUGAUCGAGCUAUCGAACUUGAUGAAAAACAUACAGCAGGUGCAUUUUAUGGUAAGGGUUGGUUAUUAUUAAGAGGUAUGAAAAAGUUUAUUCUUCCAACGAAGCAAGAUAUAAACUAUAAGGACAUAGCUAUUGCACAGUUUAAUAAUGCGUUAGCAAUUUUGAGCGAAGAGAUAGCUACACUAACAACAACGAAAAUACUUCUUGAACAACGAUAUUCACAUAUUUUAACCAGUCUAUCGAAGCAAUUAUUUCAAAAAGUCAAUAUUCUCACUACUUAUAUGAAUAGCAUAGAAAGAGCUAUAACUGUUAUUGAAAAAUCUCAAAGAUUGAUUCAAAUAACAGAAAUAACCGAAAAUUCAAGUACAGAGACUAAUCAAAACAACGAAAGAGGAGUGUUAAAAGAGAUUGUUUCACACGCUAAAUUUGAGAAAAAAAAUGGAAAAUGGUGCGAUAUUUAUUUAACUACAGCUGAUGAACUAGAUCGUCAUUUAUCUAUUGUCAGAGAACAAAAAGAAAUUUUUGUUGUUGUUGAAGAUGAAAAUAAAUUUUCUAUUAGAUUUAAGCAAAAAGGAAAAGAUGAAUAUGAAUCAUUAAUAAAAAAAAAUCAGCAUUUGAUCGAUUCUCUACCAUCUUUAGAGCAUGAGAAAAUGAUAAUUCCCGAUAGAAGCAAAUAUUCGAGAGUUUAUACAUUAAUUUAUGAAGCUGUAAAGUCGAAAAAUGGUUAUGUUCAACAAGAUUUUUUACAGCCUUUCGAAAGUUUAAAAGAUAGUAAAGCAUAUGAAGUAGCAUUUAACGACUUAACUGUCAGACAAGAUUGUGGAAGUAUCGAUCAAGCAAUAGAAACUAUCGAUUGUGCAGUGUCUGAAAAUCAACUAAAUCGAAUAGAUCACAGGAUUGCAUAUUCAAUUAUUCAAACAGUUUCAAGUAGUGUCAAGCAAAAUGUAGUCUUAAGCAGUACUUAUAGACAUAUCAGUAUUAGUAUAACGCAGAUCAAUGCAGGAGUAUUGAAAGAAUUUUUGAAUCCUCAUAUUGAAAUUCAAGAAGUAACAAAACAAUUAGCGAUAUCAUAUUUUAAAGAUAAAAGCUCAUUCUUUCAUCGUCAUAUAUUACCAGAAAAUUGGUUUUCCGAUUCAUGUAAAGUUGAUUUAGAAAUAAAAACGGAUAAUAAAACAUUAGAAAAAAAAUCCAGUUUACAAGUAAGAGAGGCAAUAAAAAUUAUUGAAGAACAAACAGAAAAUAACUUAUAUUUCAAUUUGAGUUUCAUUGAUGCAAAUAAAAUGUCAAUAGAUAAGAAAAAAAGUGUCUUAGACCAUUCAGAUCAAACCAUAGAAUUUAUUGGAUUAGAUAGAAAUGAUGUGCAAGAUAAAUUAAAUAGAAUUCAGUCGAAGAAUAUUGUUCUUGAAAUAUCUGAUAGUAAAGAAAAAUUAUUAGAAGUAAUUAGUUUAGCAGAUGUGGAAUACAUAGAGAUUUCUUUUGAUAGAAAAUCAGAAAAAAAUAUUGACAAUGUUAAGAAAAUAGUAGACAAGCAAAUAGCAAAGAAAACUAUUAAGAAUAGUAUUAGUAAUCGAAUGACUAUUGGAUUAAUCGGUAUAGAAAAGAAUUUUGCAAAAGAAAUAAUUAAUCAUUGUUCCAAUGAAGACUUUGUUAUUAGAUUUAUUAAUGUAGAAUUUGAAAGUCUUUUAAAUGGACUAAGUCAUGAAAUUGUAAAUUUUCAUUUUGAUAGGUUAGAGAAAAAAGCUGCUAAGAUUCUCAUUGAAAAAUUACGAAAAAAGAAUCAUAGUUUUAUAUUAAAAUUUAAAAGUUUAACGAAUCAUGAAGUACAACGACUGAUAGAAAUCGCUCCAAUAAAACAAGAAGAUAUUCAAAUAAUUAAAAAGAAAACUUUAAGUGAAUUAUUCAUGAAUACAUCAAUGCCUAAAUUAGAACUUUCAGAAUUUUCAGAGCGAGGUAUCGAAUAUUUACUUGAAAUUAAUGAGAAAGGAUUUAUUCCAUAG